AUGGAGGUGAGAUGCAGCGUCCCAAAAAGGAAUGUGCUAAGUGUGGUUGUGCUCACAGUAGAGACUGCAGACAGGGCUCUAAUGCCUGCUUCGGUUGCGGAUGCAGCAGUAGCCAAGCCUCCUAAGAGGAACAAAAUCUACGCCCUUAAAGGGUCUACGCUUUCAUUUGUAACUCGUUUGCUUGCUCUCAUUAUUGAGAUAUUUCCUGAAGUUCUGCAUGAUCCUAUAGUGAUUAGUGAUCUUCCUGGUCAUAUUGUGUCCGACAAAGGUGUAGAGGUAGACAUAAGGAAGACUGAAGCUGUUAAGAACUGUCCAAAACCUCUUUCUCCCACAGAUAUUCGUAGUUUCUUGGGAUUGGCUGGUCAUUAUCGUAGGUUUGUGGAGGGCUUUUCUUUCAUUGCUGCAUCACUGACAGCUUUGACUAAGAAGAAGGCCAAGUUUGAAUUGACAAAGGCUUGUGAGAAGAGUUUCCAGGAGCAAGGAUAG